GAGGAGGGAGAUGGCGCUGGUUAUGUCGGAGGCCGUGAAGCCAGGCAGCGGAAUCGGCCCUGGCAGAGGUCGGACCUCGCGUGGCCGAUUGGCCAAUCAGAUUCCCCCUGAGAUCCUGAACAACCCUCAGCUUCAGGCAGCCAUCCAAGCCCUGCCUUCUAACUACAACUUUGAGAUCCCCAAGACCAUCUGGAGGAUCCAACAAGCCCAAGCUGAGAAGGUGGCCUUGCAAAUGCCAGAAGGCCUCCUCCUCUUUGCCUGCACCAUUGUGGAUAUCUUGGAAAGGUUCACAGAGGCCCAAGUGAUGGUGAUGGGGGAUGUGACCUAUGGGGCUUGCUGUGUGGAUGACUUCACUGCACGGGCUCUGGGAGCAGACUUCUUGGUCCACUACGGCCACAGCUGCCUGGUUCCAAUGGACACAUCAGUCCAAGACUUCCGAGUACUGUAUGUCUUUGUGGACAUUCGAAUAGACACUGCCCACCUCCUGGACUCUGUCCGCCUCACCUUUCCCCCAGGCAGUGCCCUUGCUCUGGUCAGCACCAUUCAGUUUGUGUCAACGUUGCAGGCAGCUGCUCAGGAGCUGAAAGCUGAGUACUGUGUGAGUGUCCCACAGUGCAAGCCCCUGUCCCCUGGGGAGAUCCUAGGCUGCACGUCCCCUCGCCUACCAAAAGAAGCAGAAGCCAUCGUGUAUCUUGGAGAUGGGCGCUUCCAUCUGGAGUCUGUCAUGAUUGCCAACCCCAAUGUCCCUGCUUACCGGUAUGACCCAUACAGCAAAGUCCUAUCCAGAGAGCACUAUGACCACCAGCGCAUGCAGGCCGCUCGCCAGGAAGCUAUAGCCACCGCCCGCUCAGCCAAGUCCUGGGGCCUUAUUCUGGGCACUUUGGGCCGCCAAGGAAGUCCCAAAAUCCUGGAGCACCUGGAAUCUCGGCUCCGAGCCUUGGGUCUUCCCUUCAUAAGGCUGCUGCUCUCUGAGAUCUUCCCCAGCAAGCUCAGUCUACUUCCUGAGGUGGAUGUGUGGGUGCAGGUGGCAUGUCCACGCCUCUCCAUUGACUGGGGUGCAGCUUUCCCCAAGCCACUGCUGACAUCCUAUGAGGCGGCUGUAGCCAUUAGGGACAUUGACUGGCAGCAGCCCUACCCCAUGGACUACUACGCAGGCAGCUCCUUAGGGCCGUGGACGGUGAACCACGGGCGGGAGCGAGCGUCGCCGGGCCCGCGCCCGCCGCAGUCGGGGAAGGUAGGAGGGCUCGGAGAGGGGGAGGCGGCCCCGGCGACGUGGGCCCAGCGGCGGUCCGUGAUGCGUCUGCCAUCUCAGGUGCCCCUCGGGGCCUCCGGCGCCGCUCCAGCCGCCGCGUGCGAGGGUUGCAGCUGCAGAGCCCCAGAGGUGGCCCCGGAGGCUCCGUGA